AUCAUCAUUCUAUUUAAUACUAUCUUUAAUGAUAGAAAUGCUUUUUCAAUUAAAAUAAUAAAAAAAAAACUCAUAACUACAUCGAAUUUGUUUUUUUCUCGUUUUGUUUUCUUUCUCUUUUUGCUCCCUCUUCAUCAGAUUAUCUGUGAUAUUAUCUUGUUAGUUUCAUUCAUCAUAUAAUAGAAAUUUAUUUCAUUCAAUUGAAUUUUUAUUUCUUUAUUUCUUUUUUCUUUUUUUUUGUUUUGUUUUUAGGAUAAGUAAGUAGUUGCUAAAGUAUAAAUCUUUAUUAAAUCUCUGUUUUUCUUUUUCAAAUUGUAUCUAUGUAUGUAUGUAUGUAUAAUGUACAGUUCAACAUAAACAAACAUCAAUAGGCAUAAAUAAAUAGAUUUAGUCAACGUAAUAAAUCAAAGUAAACAAUCACAUCAGUAAUCACUACCAUUUGAUGUGAUAUUAAAAAAAUUUUUUUUUGUUUUCUCUACCAUCCUAGUUGUCAUCUGUUUGUAAUAACAAUAAAUAAAAAAAGAAAAGAAUCUGAAUGAUCAAAGGGGAUGGAUGAAUCAACAAGGGAAUAAAUAAAUAAAUAAAUAAAUAAAUAGAUGUACACAAAUAUACGUAACCAGAUUGAUAGUUCCAAAUCAGUAAAUCAAUAAAUUUAGAAGAAAAACGAGAUAGAACAACACAUAAAUCAAAUCAUGAAAAUUGUUUUCAUCUGUCAUUAUUUAAAUGAUUAAUCCAUUAGAUUAUUUCAUAUAUUUUAGUAUAGAACUAAGCCGUUUGAUGAUGGUGAUGGUAACGAUAAUGAUGAUGAUGAUGAAGAUGAGUUCUAGACAAUAAUGUAUUUAUUAUAUAAAGGUUAGAUGAAAAGAUAUAAGAUUAUUCGUUUGAUUCCCAGUAUGAUUGAAAUGUUGGUAACUACUUAGAUUUUUUUUGUUUCGAAAAAAAAACAAGUGAUUAUUGGUCUAUCUAAAACUACAGAUACUUUCUAGUUAGUCAUCUUGUUAGAAAGGAGCAAGUGCAUAUGAUUCAGUAAUAUUGGGAUAUUCGUUAAUUAAAGCAGUUAACUCUGUUGAUACUGCACAUGAUAUAUAUAUAUAUAUAUAAAGUUAGUGAGCAAUGAAUGUGAAUUCUUGUCCUAUUCAAGUAACUUGAAUAAGACUACUGACCAGAUUAGUGAGUAAUCUAUAACUUAAUGUGGUAAGACACCACUUUUGAUCUAUUUACGGCGUAUAGUAAAUCUUUAUUUAUAAUUUCGGCUUCUUCUUUUCCUUAGGAUUAUAUCAGACUUGUUCAGCUGAAACCAGUAGUUUUUUUCCUGAAUUCAUAGCGAUUAGCAAUAAAAUUGUUUUAUCUAGUUAUAGUAUAACUAAUUUGACAUCUACACAAGCAUACGCACCCUUUCAAGAAAGGUUGAUCAUCACCUUUCCCUAGUAUUUGCUACCAUAUUUUUUAUUAUGUCACUGACCUGAAAGAUUAAGCAGCUGAUUUUAUUAGACAUAGGGCAGACAUUUUUCAGCUUACGUUCCUUGUGCUAACUCAAACGCAUACCCCUUGCAUAUACCUACAUAAAUAAACCACACAACCCGAGAUUCAUGCAAUUCAUAUACAUAAACAUACACAUCGAACAGCUUGCAAAAUCUUAGAGAUCCCCGAAAAUGGGAUCCAGCAAUAUGGUGGAUUAGUCCGACCCCAUCCAAUACCCAAAUUAACAAGCAAAGUUUCUUUCACUAACCGACAGCAUCACAUAGAGGUACUGAGUCGGAUUUUGCUGCCUUCCAAACCGUAAUUUUAUUGUUACUAUUGCGGUAAUCAGUCAAAUAAGUGGAACUCAUUUGUCGUUAGCCUACUAAAUUUCAAUUGAAUAUUAUACGAGUAAAUUCAUUUUCUCUCUUCUUUGAGGUUUUAACUCGAAUUUAUCAUUAAAAGAUACUCGUUAUAGAUGUAUUUGAAAUUAACAUAAAUAUAACUGUAAAACAUGUAGUGGAUCUUUCCCAAUGAUAAUUUUCCUAUCUAUGUUUAUAGUGAAUAUUUAAGCCAUUAGCAAUCAAACGAUUAUUAGUUUCCCUGUUUCUAAGAAAAAAAUUUUUAAUACCUUUAUUUAUUCUAACUCACUGUUACCAUGUGUUUAUUAUCAUCAUUAUUGUAAUUAUCAUCCUGAAAAAAAACAAGUAUAUAUUUGCGAUUGUACAGUUUUGAAAAUGAAUUCGCCAAAAAGAGAACUCUUCACUGUACCAAUCUUAUUGAAUUUCUCAAUCGAUGUAUUCCGUUUACUAAAAAGAAUUCAUGGCGGGACUAUAAUUUAUGGACGAACCGAUCACAUAUAAGAUUACAGGUCUCGGAUUUUGGCGUGAAAUUCACUCAUCCAUUUGAUCAAAUAUAUAUAUAUAUAUAUAUAUAUAUAUAUAUAUAUAUAUAUAUAUCAUGUGCAGUAUCAACAGAGUUAACUGCUUUAAUUAACGAAUAUCCCUGAUGUUAGUUCGUAAUGAAAACUUUAAAUCUAAUUCCUAACCUCAACCAUCAACUGUAAAUCAUAAUCCUUAUCCUUCACACUUGUUUAUAAUCAUCAUUUAGCCCUAGUAUGUAAGUGGACAUUCUCAAGGCCACUUUAACAUCGCUCAAAAGUUGUCCAUGAAUUAUAUUCUCAUCGAAUUCAUAUAUGACACCUUAAUAAUCAACUAACAUAUUGUAAGUUUACUUGGAGAUAAAUAUCAAUUUAUUUGUAUUUAUUGAUUAAGAACUAAUUCUAAAAUGAACCCUUUCGUUAUCAUCCAUUCAUUCAUUCAAUUAAUCUAUUAAAUAAAGCCUUAAAUAAACUAAACAAAAUAUAUUUUAUUUUGAAAAUUAAAUUAUGCUAAUUUGGAAAAGAAAAAAAAGGAAAAAAAGAAAAAAAGAAAGAAAGAAAAAAAGAGAUUAAUUAAAUUACUGAUAAUAAUAAUAAAGAAAAAAACAUUAUCUGAAAAAUUUUUCGGGGUUUAUUAAAAAAAAUAAUUCGAAUGAAUAAAUUAUUUUGUAUGUUAGUUAAUUUAAAUAAAAUUUAUUAUUCAAUAAAUAUUAAAUUAAUUCCUCUUCUUAUAAGCAAAGAUGGAUAGUGAUUAGCAGUGGAAUACAAGAUGCGUGUUUCGUCCGAUUUGAGACUCGUCAGUUGGAUGUAUCUGCAUCUCAGAGUUGAUGUUCACUUUGGGACUCGAAUCCAGUACCAUUCGCUUGAAACGUCGUCACGUUAUCCACUUAGCUACUGAGUCAGAACUCAGAGUGAACAACAACUCUGAGAUGAGGAUACAUCCAGUUGACGAGUCCAAAAUAGGACGAAAGACGUGUCCUGGAUUCUACUGCUAGUCACUAUCCAUCUUUGUUUAUAAUGUUUGUGAAUUAAGGCAAUAUCGAGGUAAUACGCACAGUAUGCAUAUAUGCUAAUAACAGACUGAUCAACUUCAGUCUUAAACAUCAAGAGAAAGAUUCAAGUAAACAAUAUCAAGUAAGUUUAAUUCAUCUUCUUUUAUAGUGAUAAUUGUUAAAAGAUAAAGAGUGUGCUAUAAAAUUUCAUUAUAUAUGAAAAUUAUAGUUGAAAUAAUCUCAGCAAUUCAAAUAUAAAAUAAAUCCAGUAAACUUGUUUGGACUUCUUCAGGGUAGAAUAAUCAAAAUCAUCAAAGAAAUAUAUAGCUUUUAACAAUCAAUUCAGAACAAAUCUAUACUGUGACAAUUCAAUCAUAUUUGGAUGUUAAUUUUAGUAAAACGUUCGAAUUAUUUUAAAUUUCAAUUGUUGAGAUUAUUUCAAAUAUAAUAUUCAUAUAUAAUGACUACUCUAUACUCGGGGCCCAAUUAUUGUUAAACUAAUCGUUCUAAUCUUGACGAAUAUUUGUGCUAUAAGACUGUUUUCAAUGGGUUAUUUUCAGUACUUGUUAGAAGCAUUUUCAAUCACUAAGAAGCUCAUGAACUUUCUGAAACAAAUUUUUUUACUACUUAAAGACAUAAACUGAAGGAUUUUCUUAGCCUUUUACUGAAGGUUCCCAAAAAGUUAGAGAAAAGAAUCAUGAUUACUGUUGAAACAGUCCCGAAUAUUUAGAUUCUAUCAACACAUUCACUGAACCAAACAAUUUGAUAUUUAUCAUGCUCUUUUUGAACGCAUAUUCGAAUUCUGUCUAGAAUGAUGAUCCCCAAAUUAAUAUAAAUCAGUUAAUAAUUCCAUUAUUGGAAGUCUGGUCAAUUCUAGUCAUCUGUCUUCACAUGAAUCUUGAUUUAAAAUUAUUCACAAAGUCGUACAAACUAGUUUUAAUGAAAGCUGAAUAAGGAAUUGACAUAUAACAGAUCUAGGGAAUUUUUCAGUUAAAGUUGAAUCUUUAUGUUCAAAAGAGACAUGUUCAAUAUUUUUUUAAAACUCAUUAUGGUCUUAACACCUUACUUUUUUUGAGUUUGACAUAUAUCCUUCCCUUCUUUCUAUACAUUAACUGGAUAUUUAUUCUUCCGUAUAUUAGUUCUGUUUAUCAUUAACCUUUAGCUAUUAUGUAACUUUAUUCAACACUUAAGAUUUUUAAUUAACUUUCGGUACCUUGUAAUCAUAAGUCCGCCUGCAGUCCCUCCAGGGGCUACUGCCGGUCCCAAACGCGGGUAAAGGAGGAGGGUUGAGCAUGGGGUUAUCGACCCCAUCCCGUUGAAAACUAACUCGCUAAAAAAACGCUAACCAGAAAAAAACAAUUCAAACCAUUUUAACUCUGCCCUGGGAGUCAGAAGGUCUUCAUUUAGAAGAACUAUGACGCCUCAUGGGGAAAGCCGAGUUCCUUCGGAAGUCACGAGGCCGAUGCCUCUUCUGGAAUGUUCGUACAAUGUGGCAGAACGAGAGAGUCUUCCAAAUUGCUGCACGAAUGAGGAGAUACAACCCAGAGAUGCUUGGGAUCAGUGAAACACAUUGGACACAAGUUGGACAUAAACGACUAACUACAGGAGAGCUCCUGUUAUACUCCGGCCAUGAAGAAGAAAAUGCACCACAUACACAAGGAGUUGCAUUGAUGCUGUCCGAACAAGCACAAAAUGCACUUAUAGGAUGGGAAUCUCAUGGAUCAAGGAUCAUCAAAGCCUCCUGCAAAACAAAGAAAGAGGGCAUUUCAAUGAACAUCAUCCAAUGCUAUGCGCCUACCAACGACUACAAUGAAGACGCUAAAGAUCAAUUCUACAGUAGGCUGCAGUCAAUCAUCGAGAAGUGCCCAACAAAGGACCUGACCAUUCUGAUGGGAGAUUUCAACGCCAAGGUUGGAACGGACAACACUGGAUAUGAAGACAUCAUGGGACGACACGGACUAGGAGAAAGAAACGAAAAUGGUGAGAAAUUUGCAAACCUAUUUGCCUUCAAUAAACUGGCCAUAGGUGGCACUAUAUUCUCAUAUAAGCGCAUUCACAAAACUACAUGGACUUCACCGGAUCACACUACACAAAACCAAAUCGACCAUAUCUGCAUCAACAAAACGCUCAGGAGGACGAUGGAAGACGUGAGAACCAAGAGAGGAGCUGAUAUAGCAUCAGAUCAUCACUUACUGGUCGCCAAGAUGAAAUUGAAACUCAAGAAGCACUGGACAACGGGGCGGACAUUAUCACAAAAGUUCAAUACGGCCUUUCUUCGGGAUACUGACAAACUCAACGAAUCCAAGAUAGUCCUCAGCAAUAGGUUCCAGGCCUUUCAUGAUCUACUCAAUGGAGAAGGAACUACUAUGGAGAGCAACUGGGAGGGGUUCAAAGAGGCAAUCACUUCAACAUGUCAUGAGGUCCUGGGUCACAAGAAGCACCAUCACAAGGAAUGGAUCACUGUUGAUACACUGGAUAAGAUUCAAGAAAGGAGGGACAAGAAGGCAGCAAUCAAUACCAGUCGAACAAGAGCAGAAAAAGCCAAGGCACAA